AUGUACUCCAGAAGAGGUAGCGCUGAACAUGAUCAAAGUAAUCGGUUUGCCAAUGUGGAACUCAAGGAUCUGACUGGCAAGAUUUAUGAGUUGUGCAAAGAUCAGCAUGGGUGCCGAUAUCUUCAAAAGAAGUUGGAAGAGCAAAACGAAGAAAACCUCAACAUCAUAUUCAACGAGGUCUUUAAGCAUUUUGUAGAGCUCAUGACAGACCCAUUUGGAAACUAUUUGUGUCAAAAGUUGCUUGACUAUUGUAACGAUGAACAGAGAACUAUCAUCGUUGAAACUGUAGCGAAAGACUUGGUUGGAAUCUCCCUCAAUAUGCAUGGGACAAGAGCAGUGCAAAAAAUGAUCGAGUCUCUAUCUACUUCUAGACAGAUACGCAUGAUUAUAGUUGCAUUGACUCCCAAUGUUGUUACUCUGAUCAAAGAUUUGAACGGCAACCACGUUAUCCAAAAGUGCUUACAUAGACUCAAUGCCACUGACAAUCAGUUCAUCUACGAUGCGGUUAGCCGUCACUGUGUUGAAGUUGCUACUCAUCGUCACGGUUGCUGCGUGCUGCAGCGUUGUAUAGAUCAUGCUAGCAUCUCGCAGCGUGCACAAAUUGUUACAGAGGUCACCCACCAUGCUUUGCCUCUGGUACAGGAUCCUUUUGGAAACUACGUUGUGCAGUAUGUUUUGGAUUUGGGAGACGCUGCCUUUUCAGACGCUCUUAUUCGACGAUUCAUUGGCAACGUAUGUACCUUAUCCGUUCAAAAAUUCAGCUCCAACGUUAUCGAAAAGUGUAUUCGCGUCUCCGAACCUGACACACGAAAGUGUUUGAUCGAAGAAAUGCUGGACAAGGAUGCUUUAGAAAAGCUUCUUCGAGAUUCAUUUGCAAACUAUGUCGUUCAGACAUCGCUAGAUUACGCCGACCCCGAUCAGCGCGUGAAGCUUGUUGACUGUAUACGGCCGAUCUUACCCAGUAUUCGAAAUACUCCAUACGGCAAACGAAUUCAAGGCAAAUUGCAGCGUGAUCAACAGCAACGUGAUCAACAGCAGCAGCAUCAGCAGCAACAACAGGGUAAUGUGUACAAAAAGUUUGGCAAUAUCAACAACCGAGACAAUGUACAAAUGCAAAAUAUGCAGAAUAAUAAUGGCUUGCCCGUUUUGGGAUUCCCCUUCAACUACGGCAACAUGGGCAUGGUUGGGAUGAAUGAACAAAUGUUCCCAUACAUGUAA